AUGUUUGACUCGACUCAACACCUUCAGGCAUUUCUGUCCGCUAGUUCACCCACUCCCCAUGCGAUCCGAGGCGUCUCGGCCGCGUUAGUGGCUCUGACUGCUCUUGCGAAUUUAACGAGCAACCGAACGGCGAUUCUCGCGCUGUUGCGGCUCCGUCUAUCGCCACGAUUCAAAUUUGCAACACCGUCGCGGAAUGGCUUUGCACUCGCGUUCUUUAUCGGUAUAUUCCGCUAUCUCCAGCGCUCAGUCUCGAGUCGAGUCAAGAGCAAAUCUGACGAAAAGGAACCUGCCCAUACUCGAAAUGUGGCGUUGCCCACUGGGGUUGUACCUGCUGCUGCAGUGGCAGCAGCGAUAUGCACUUUAUGGAUGGCACCUUCAAGCCGUCCAGCGGUGCUGUCACUCCUAUCUACCAAUGCUGCCAGCAAUCUUUUCAACGAUUUCUUAACAACACACCCGGAUCUCAGCUUCCUCAAGCCACUGGAAUUGUUCGUGUUCAUGGCGGGUGGUGGUUGGAUUUUCUCGGCGGGGUUUUUCUAUCCAGAGAGCUACGAGCGCUCGCACAUGAAACAGAUUCUUCGGAAUGUGGUGCUAAAGCAAGAUGUUGCGAAUGAGCUCCAAGAAAUGUAUCAAAGGGGACUUAAUCCGAAUCCGUGUCACAUUCGACACAUGGGACUGAGCUGUGGCCAAUACGCCAGAAGCGACUUUCUACUCCGUGUAGUGAUGAUGGCUUUACGGUUGUAUACCCCAGUGCACUUGACAACGUGGAUCCUGGCCCAACGUCACCAAAAAGUGCGCUCCAAACCAGCAGUGACCCAAUUCAAAGGGUUCCUAAGUAAGUUGGCACGCUCAUCUGCAUACUCUAUCGGGUACGUUUAUCUGGGGUGGGCGAUGUGCUGCCUCCUAGGUAAAGUCGGCGAUCGUUCUCUGUUUUCCCGUAAGCUCCAGUUUUUCUUGAGUGGAGCGAUGCCUUCUCUCGCGAUAUUUGCUGAAUCUCCUGGACGUCGGCGUUCAAUCGGGUUGAUCCUCGUAUCAUACGCGCUUGUGAGUGCCGGAAAUGUUGCUACGCGAAAGGUGCCUUUGUUGCAACCUGGGGUCAGCUCGGUUCGUGGUUUACUCGAGGCUGGCUGCGUCGCAGCAGCAGUGUCCGUGAUAAUUCCAGGCUUUCUGAAGGACAAUCAUUUAUUCCGACGCAUGUUGCUGGGAGAUGUUGAGGCGCGUGCAUAUCAAGAAGCGCUGAACCAAUCGAAGGCGGAACCGGCCGGUGACGAGGUUCCUACCGCAAAGCCAACCAAUUAGAUCCACUAUACAGGGUACUGCAGCAUUUAACAAUGCUGAUCAAGAUAUAAGUAGUAAAUUUGUUGAUCGCUAUGCAUUUUCCAGUUGUAUUUUUAUCGCUCCCCGUGUUAAUCAAGUACGAAGUGGCCAU